UUUUGCCGCAUCCCGCCUCGCCGUGCCGCCGGCCGGGCGUGAUGCCGCACAUGGAAAUGCUGCUGCUGGCGGCCGCGGCGCUGUGGGUGUGCGUGCGCGGGCAGGAGCCCGGCGCCAAGGCGGUGGCCGACCGCUACGCCGUGUACUGGAACAGCUCCAAUCCCAGAUUCCAGCGAGGUGACUACCACAUCGAUGUCUGCAUCAAUGACUACCUGGAUGUGUUCUGCCCUCACUAUGAAGACUCAGUGCCAGAAGAUAAGACCGAACGCUAUGUUCUGUACAUGGUGAACUUUGAUGGCUACAGCUCCUGUGAUCACACUUCCAAAGGGUUCAAGAGGUGGGAGUGUAAUCGGCCGCAUUCCCCAAAUGGACCAUUGAAGUUCUCGGAAAAGUUCCAGCUCUUCACGCCCUUCUCACUGGGAUUUGAGUUCAGGCCAGGCCGGGAGUAUUUCUACAUCUCUUCUGCGAUCCCAGAUAAUGGAAGGAGAUCCUGCCUAAAGCUUAAGGUGUACGUACGACCAGCAAACAGCUGUAUGAAAACUAUAGGUGUUCAUGAUCGUGUUUUCGAUGUUAACGACAAAGUAGAAAAUUCAUUAGAACCAGCAGAUGAUACCGUACAUGAGUCAGCCGAGCCAUCCCGUGGUGAGAAUGCGGCACAGACACCAAGGAUACCCAGCCAGCUUUUGGCAACUCUAUUGUUCCUCCUGGCAAUGCUUUUGAUAUUAUAGCACAGUAUGCUCCAGCAACCUGUCACAGAAAAUCAAGGGUCUUGGAACAUCAAAGAUCCACCUAACUGCUCAUCCCAGGAAAGGGACUUUUUUGUUUUUGCAGAUGUCAAAUUGUUAUUUUUCCCUUUUCUUCUCCCUUUUAGCCUGAACUCAGCAAAAAUUUGAAGGGGAUAACUAGCUUCAGCACCCACCCCUACCUACCCUCUGACUUUCUUAACCCCUCCAUAUAAAUAAAAGGACUCCAAAUGAAAAUGCCAAACUAUAAUAGUGACACUAGUGAUUCUUAUUUUCUUCUGCAUUCUCCUUCAAGAAGUCACCUCUGUUAGCUCACUGUGUCAUCCGUAUGUGGACAAGAAAGUGUAGUGGCAGAUGCAGUCAGUGAGGGAUAAGGAAAGUGAGUGAAAACCUGGGAGAGUCUUUCUCUGUGAUACAAUAUUUAUGCCUUCUCAUUCAGCACUGUAAGAUGGUUAUGCAAGGCAUUGUGUCACCAUGUCAGGACUGGAGGGGAGAUAUUAAGAAUGGACAUAACACCAUUUCCUCCAGAAGUUUCUAAAUGAACAGGCUUCUGAAAGGGGAAGAUGAUGUUUCUUAUGGGACUCUUGAAACAUCUUUGACAGUAAAAUUUUUGCUGACAAGUAAAAAAGCUUUCUUUGGUGAGAGGAAAAAGUUAGCACACAGCAGGCAAGGUCAGAUUUAGGAAACUUCACUGGGGGUGUGAGUGCCUCUGUUAUUUCGUUUUAAGGGGAUAAUGCACACCGGCUUAUUUUAUUUUAAAACAAAUCACCGUGGUGCUAAAAUUUUUUUCUUGAAAUGCAGAGGCACUUUUGAGAAUAAAGUGACCUUCCCCAGCACUCACUUAGUAGCUAAUAGCCUUGGAUGCUGCUCUGGGUGUUAAUACAUGCUAAAAGAGGACAUCGGUGGCCAGAGGAAACAUGUUUGGGACACAGGAUCUCCAGUGUUCUCUUGAUUUGUCUCUCCUGUAAGUUCCUCAAUCAUGGGAAUAAAUCACAUGUAGAAGAAGCUAGGGCAGUCUAAUAGCAUUGUUUGGUGGGGGAAAAGAAAAGAAGUGUGGAAUAUUCAAUGUUGAUUUUUUUAUCUUUUCCCCUUCCAGCACAGUUUGAAGAGUAGAGGAAAUGUGUUUAUCAGCCGGAGAUAAACUAGAUGGGCUCCCAAAGACUUAACAAAAUAUUUUUUUAAAAAUCCACUAGAAUAGAAAAUGCAUUAUUUAGAUAUACUUUAUGCUGAGAGUGAGUAUAUAUGCUUGUCCUAUUUAAAUGUGAGAAAAGCGGAAACCCUUGAUGCAAUUAGGAGAUGGGACUGUCUUGUUUGAUGGAAUUAGGAGUGACCCUGUUUAAGGAAUCUGAGCCUUGGCUAACAAAACUUGAAAAAGUAAUUUGCCAGGAAGUGCAAGCCUUGGGGUAUUUUUUGGCUAGGCUGCCAUGAAAUUCAGACUGCUAAGCAUAAUCAGUGAAAUUUCAGACCCAGACUGAAACACAGCUUUUCUGACAAAAACUAUGGUAAUUAAGUUAAAGGUGAAACAAAGUAUGGAACAUAUUCAAGCAAAACAAGAAUUUUCUAUAUUAAUUAUGAAGAAAAAUUCUACCAUAGCCAAAUUGAGUGAUGCCAUUAGUGGACACCACUUCAUAGACUUUAUAUUUUUAAAUUAAAAAAAACCCUCCAGAAGUUGAGGCAGGAGAGGGGAAAAUAAAUUUGAUAUGUAAAGGGAGGUUUUAUGCAUGCUGAGCUAUGACCUGGGUUUGCCUGAUAUCAUACAUGUUCAUGAAUACAGGACCUAUACUUACAGGGGGAAUGCAGGAAAUUUGCUCUAGUGUGAAAUGCACAGAAUAAAGAUACACAGUCCAAACAGUGAGGGAAGUCAUCAUCUCAUUACAGGCUGUAUGGUACUUUGCUCUCUUUAAGGUGUAUAUACUUGAUACACACACUAAUACUUUCUGUAGGUAGAAAUGAAAAAGCUUUGGAUGAGGUGAGUUUAAUCAGAAUGCACCGUGUCAAAUGGAUUAUUAACCAGAGUACCAAUAAUACUGCAUGAUGUGUAACAAUAUUAAAAUGAUUUACAGUAAUUGCAGGCAGUCACACAAGUAGUGCAAAUUUGAUGUAGAAAUGGUGACAUUUAUCAUCCUUUGUCUCUGAAUGAUGUUGAAAAUGUCCAUUCACCCCAGAGCCUUGCUGAGUAUGUGAGGGACAACACAAGUGAUGAUCCCUGGGCUGCCCAGCAUGGCUGGGAGCAGCAUUCCAGGCACUGCCAGUUUCAUACUUAAUGGCAUUAGGCAAUCCCAGUCAUACCAAGUACAUAAAUGUUGGUGGGUUUUGUGUUGUGUUGCAAGCCUCUGGAUGCUUUAAAUGCAGAUGUUGCUGAAAAUUAAGGAGUUUGUUGCUCCCUUACUCUUCAUCUACCCCUGCUCAAGUCUGAGAUACUGAUUCUCCCUAGCCUUAGUGGGUUACUUACACCCAUGACCUGCACUCCUGGCUGCCAAGGGCAUUGCAAUGUGAAGCAGGCAAAAUAGGGAUCAGUCAGUUUAGUGGAUACUGUGUAUCCUUCAAUAGACAAGGUAACAUUUUGUGUUAGUUUAGAAUAUUGUUUUGUACUGUACUUACCUGGAUGGCAAAGGAAAGACAAGUAAAACUUAAAGCUAUGUUCUUUAAAUUCUGUAUUAUUAGCAACCUCUGUUGUAUAUAGUGUUUGAUAAUAAAGUAUUAAUUUGAUUCUUAUGUCUUUUGUAAGUGAGAACAAUAGACUUUCAGGAUAUUAAAAUCACGUGUUGAUUACAAGACAGAGCUUUGAAGCAUCAAGUGUGAUCAUGGCUGAGAACUGAGAGACAAGUGGCCAUGACACUGCAGCAUACAGGACUCAUCUUCAAAAAUCGUUCAUCUGUUGCAAGACUUCACAAUGUCAAGACCUAGAACAACAUGACUUUUGAUGAUCAAUGUUUUGUCCUCGGUGUUUAAAGGUCUUAUGUUGGAGCCCUGUGGUUUCUGUGUUAGUUUUGUUCUUUUGUAUCAUGUUUGUUUCUAAAAAGGCUUUGGGGAUAUAAUGGCUUUUCUGUUGUUUGUUUGUUUCUUUUUAAUUUUUUUUUCCUCCUGUUUUCCUUCUGGAUUUGUUCCCAUGAAUAGUUUCUUCCAGAAGGGAUCUUGCCAGUGUCAUGUGCGAUAUAUGUAUGUACUUGGUUCCAAAAGAACUAGAAACAAAUUUGGGAAGUACUGAGAGUAGUUGAGUAGAUUGUUUCCUUUCUUCUAUAAUUGUGGAAGGAAAAUGGUUGUAUUUGUACUUGUUGAUUCCCACCCCUAGCCCUCAAAACUGAACUUAAUCCAUUGCCUUAUGAGUGCAAUGGUUCAGUCACUUUCAGAGGUUUAGAGUAUUAACUCUUCCCGUCUUUUCCUUACACUUGGAUUUUGUAAUCACCAGUUUUAAUGUACAACCCUCCACACUUCUCUUCCCUCUUCCUGCCCUGCCUCCUCUCCCACCCUCCUCCUUUUUUAAUUUGGAGCUGUGAAUGGGCAGAUCUGUUUCUGGUCUGGCAUCACUGAGUUUUUCCCAUGCAUUCGCCCUCGAGCUUCUCAGAUGUGAGACAAAUAUCCCUACAAUAGGCUUGCUGCCAUUGUCUGUACAGUUUAAUAGAUGCUGGCAUGUUGGAGGUUACCCAUGAGUCUGCGAAAUCCGCUUACCAUGCUUACUCUUGACACCCCAUUGAAGACACUCAUUGUGUAUGCAUCUGGGUAUGAAAGUCCAGCUCAGUGUGGUCCUGUGCUUGUACUGCCCUGCUUUGCAGUUUCUUUGCACUUAUUCAUUGAGUGCUGUUUUUGAAAUGCUUACAUGAUAUAAACUUAAAAGAAAAUGUUAAAAAAAACCCCACCCAAACGCCCUGCCCCAUGAGAUCUGUAUUUGUAUAUACACGUGUCCGUACAAUUAUACUUAAAUAAAAUUAAAGAUUUUCAUCAUUUUAA